GCAGCAGCUUGCUGAGAAUAGCGUCUGCCUUCUUCCCAACUCACUGCCCGCGACUCUGUGCCGAGGAGGCAGUGCAGGAAAGGCGGUGGCAGUAGCCGCGGUCCCCAGGGGAAUUUAAAGGCCGUGAAGGCUGCGGCCAAGAGGGGGCCCUCCCCCCUCCUCGGCGGGAGGGGUGGUGGUGCGCACGCCCCCGAGGACGCAGGUGUGAUUCCCCUCAUUACGGCGGCACCGUGGAAGUGCAGACUUUCACAGGGGGUGUGGUCUCAGCUCACACAGGUGCUCCAGAGGCUGGUGGACCUGAGCGGAGGCUGGGACGCCCUGGUGGGCCCCGGGCCCUGGAAGACGGGUCCCGGUGGCCGGUGGCCCAGAAUGAGGCCAGCUCCCAGCAUGCCCUGCAGCCGGACGCCAGCCCCUUGGCCUGCAGCAGUGGUAAUAAGGACACAGUCAUUCUUCAGGCAUCCACUGAGGAGCCUGGGAGUGGGACCAUGCAGAGCAGCCCCUCCCCUGUUCAUCCUCAGCUCUCAAUUCUACAGACACAGAUGGUGUCGGACGGCAUGACAGGCAGCAAUCCUGUGUCCCCUGCCUCAUCUAGUUCCCCAGCCUCUAGUGGGGCAGGUGGUAUCUCUCCUCAGCACAUAGCUCAAGAUUCUUCUCUGGAUGGACCUCCAGGCCCCCCAGAUAGUGUCACAGUACCUCUGGAGGGACUUAGCUUAACCCAGGCUGCUGACCUGGCUAACAGGGGCCCAAAGUGGGAGAAGAGCCAUGCUGAAAUUGCAGAGCAGGCCAAGCAUGAAGCUGAGAUUGAGACUCGGAUUGCUGAGCUGCGGAAAGAGGGUUUCUGGUCCCUGAAGAGGUUACCUAAGGUGCCAGAGCCCCCCCGCCCCAAAGGCCACUGGGACUACCUGUGUGAGGAGAUGCAGUGGCUGUCUGCUGACUUCGCUCAGGAGCGCAGAUGGAAACGGGGUGUGGCCCGUAAGGUAGUGCGCAUGGUGAUCCGACAUCAUGAGGAGCAGCGGCAGAAAGAGGAACGGGCUCGGAGGGAAGAGCAGGCCAAGUUGCGUCGAAUUGCUUCCACCAUGGCCAAGGAUGUCAGACAGUUCUGGAGCAAUGUGGAGAAAGUGGUACAAUUUAAGCAACAGUCUCGCCUUGAGGAAAAGCGCAAAAAAGCCUUGGACCUGCACUUGGACUUCAUUGUGGGUCAGACUGAAAAGUACUCAGACCUUCUGUCUCAAAGCCUCAACCAGCCACUGGCCUCCAGCAAAGCUGGCUCUUCCCCUUGCCUUGGCUCUUCCUCAGCUGCCUCCAGUCCUCUACCCCCUGCCUCCAGGCUGGAUGAUGAAGAUGGGGACUUCCAACCCCAAGAGGAGGAGGAGGAUGAUGAGGAGACCAUUGAGGUUGAAGAACAACAGGAAGGCAAUGAUGCAGAGACCCAGAGGCGUGAGAUUGAGCUACUUCGACGUGAGGGAGAACUGCCACUGGAAGAGCUGAUCCGUUCCCUCCCUCCUCAGCUGCUGGGAGGGCCUUCAAGCCCCUCUCAGACCACCUCCUCCCAUGACAGUGACACCAGAGAUGGGCCUGAGGAAAGUGUUGAAGAGGAACCUUCGAGUGUUUUGGAGGUGAAGCCCCCACCUUUGUCUGUCACACAGUGCAGCAAACGGCCUUGGCAUCCAGAUGAAGAUGACGAAGAGUUUACUGCCAAUGAGGAUGAAGCUGAGGAUGAAGAAGACACCAUAGCAGCUGAGGAACAGUUGGAAGGGGAGGUGGAUCACGCCAUGGAGCUGAGUGAAUUGGCUCGAGAAGGUGAGUUGUCUAUGGAGGAGCUACUUCAGCAGUAUGCAGGGGCCUAUGCCUCUGAUGCUUCUGCUCCAGGAUCUGGGAGUAGUGAAGAAGAUGAAGAAGAGGUUGAAGCUAAUAGCUUUGAAUGUGAGCCAGAGGGGGCCACAGCAGCUGAAGAGGCUCCCCAUGAGGACAGUAGCAGCCAGUCAGACUCUUCAGAAGAACAGAGCGAGGAUGAGGAAGAUGAACAUUCAGAAGAGGAAGAAACAAGUGGGAGUUCAGAAUCGGAAGAAUCUGAGUCUGAUGAAUCUGAGGAUGCCCAAUCACAGAGCCAGGCAGAUGAGGAAGAGGAAGAAGAUGAUUUUGGGGUGGAGUACUUGCUUGCCCGGGAUGAAGAACAGAGUGAGGCAGAUGGAGGGAGUGGUCCUCCCACCCCAGGGCCCACCACCACUCUAGGUCCAAAGAAAGAAAUUACUGACAUUGCUGCAGCAGCUGAAAGUCUCCAGCCCAAGGGGUACACCUUGGCCACUACCCAGGUGAAGACACCCAUCCCCCUCCUCCUGCGGGGUCAGCUCCGGGAAUACCAACAUAUUGGGCUCGACUGGCUGGUUACUAUGUAUGAGAAGAAGCUCAAUGGCAUUCUUGCAGAUGAGAUGGGGCUAGGGAAGACUAUCCAGACCAUCUCCUUGCUUGCUCAUUUGGCCUGUGAGAAAGGUAACUGGGGUCCCCAUUUAAUCAUUGUUCCUACCAGCGUGAUGUUGAACUGGGAGAUGGAGUUGAAACGAUGGUGCCCCAGCUUUAAAAUCCUUACUUACUAUGGAGCCCAGAAAGAGAGGAAGCUCAAGCGGCAGGGCUGGACCAAGCCCAAUGCCUUCCAUGUGUGUAUCACAUCUUACAAGCUGGUGCUGCAGGACCACCAGGCCUUCCGUCGCAAGAACUGGCGCUAUCUAAUUCUGGAUGAGGCUCAGAACAUCAAGAACUUUAAGUCUCAGCGCUGGCAGUCACUGCUGAACUUCAACAGCCAGAGGCGCCUGCUCCUCACAGGAACACCCUUGCAGAAUAGCCUCAUGGAGCUGUGGUCCUUGAUGCACUUUUUGAUGCCCCAUGUCUUCCAGUCUCAUCGAGAGUUCAAAGAAUGGUUCUCUAACCCCCUAACUGGCAUGAUUGAGGGCAGCCAAGAGUAUAAUGAAGGUCUAGUCAAACGGCUCCACAAGGUUUUGCGGCCUUUUUUGCUGCGUCGAGUUAAGGUGGAUGUUGAGAAGCAGAUGCCCAAAAAGUAUGAGCAUGUUAUCCGCUGUCGGCUCUCCAAGCGCCAGCGCUGUCUCUAUGAUGACUUCAUGGCACAGACCACAACUAAGGAGACACUAGCCACAGGCCAUUUCAUGAGUGUCAUCAACAUUUUGAUGCAGCUGCGAAAAGUCUGCAAUCAUCCAAAUCUAUUUGACCCUCGACCUGUUACUUCCCCCUUCAUCACCCCAGGCAUCUGCUUCAGCACCGCCUCUUUGGUGCUUAGUGCCACUGAUGUCCACCCACUCCAGCGGAUCGACAUGGGUCGAUUUGACCUUAUUGGCCUGGAAGGUCGCAUCUCCCGAUAUGAGGCUGACACAUUUCUGCCCCGGCACCGCCUCUCUCGCCGGGUACUGCUAGAGGUGGCUACUGCUCCUGACCCUCCACCCCGGCCUAAGCCAGUCAAGAUGAAGGUCAACAGGAUGCUGCAGCCUGUCCCCAAGCAAGAAGGCCGCACAGUGAUGGUUGUGAACAGUCCCCGGACGCCCCUUGGCCCUGUCCCAGUCCGACCCCCUCCAGGCCCUGAGCUCUCAGCCCAGCCCAUCCCUGGCCCGACCCCCCCAGUGCUGCCAGCACCCCUGAUGUUGUCAGCCCCGCCUGCCGGGCCCCCACUUGUUCCUGCAUCCCGGCCCCCUGGACCUGUUCUCUUGCCUGCUUUGCAGCCGAACAGUGGUCCUCUCCCCCAGGUGUUGCCAUCCUCCCUGGGAGUCCUGAGUGGGACCUCACGGCCUCCUACGCCAACCCUGUCUUUGAAGCCAGCCCCACCUGCCCCAGUUCGCUUGAGUCCAGCCCCACCUCCAGGCUCCUCUGGCCUGUUGAAGCCCCUGACAGUGCCACCAGGCUACAGCUUCUCCCCUUCUGCUUCCACCAGCACCUCUACCACCGCAGCAACUGCUCCUGCUGCAGCAGUGCCGGCUCCUACUCCUGCACCACAGCGCCUCAUUCUGUCUCCUGAUAUGCAGGCCCGCCUGCCCUCAGGUGAAGUGGUCAGCAUCGGGCAGUUGGCCUCACUGGCACAACGUCCAGUGGCUAGUGCUGGGGGAAGCAAACCUCUCACCUUCCAAAUCCAGGGCAACAAGCUGACUCUGACUGGUGCCCAGGUGCGCCAGCUUGCUGUGGGGCAGCCCCGCCCGCUGCAAAGGAAUGUGGUGCACCUGGUGUCAGCAGGGGGGCAGCACCACCUCAUCAGCCAGCCUGCCCAUGUGGCCCUCAUCCAGGCCGUGGCCCCGACCCCUGGCCCCACCCCUGUCUCUGUGCUGCCUUCUUCGACCCCCAGCACCACCCCUGCCCCCACUGGCCUCAGCCUUCCGCUUGCUGCUAACCAGGUGCCACCAUCCAUGGUAAAUAAUACUGGCGUGGUGAAGAUUGUAGUGAGACAGGCCCCUCGGGAUGGACUGACUCCUGUUCCACCUCUGGCACCAGCACCCCGUACUCCAAGCUCUGGGCUUCCAGCUGUGUUGACGCCACGCCCCACAUUAACCCCUGGCCGGCUACCCACAUCUACUCUAGGCACUGCCCGUGCCUCCGUGCCCACGCCCACUCUGGUGAGGCCCCUUCUCAAGCUGGUCCACGGUCCUUCGCCUGAAGUCAGUGCUUCAACUCCCGGACCUGCGCCCAUGACCAUCUCUUCUUCUCUCCAUGUGCCAUCCUCUCUCCCCGGACCACUGUCUUCUCCAAUGCCAAUUUCUAACUCCUCUCCCCUUACUAGCCCUGUGUCCUCUGUAGCCUCAGUCCCAGUGUCAUCGUCACUCCCCAUCUCUGUUCCUAGCACGCCUCCUGUUCCAGUCUCAGCUCCACUCGCCAUCCCUGUCUCGUCCCCCUUGGCUGUCUCAGCAUCGGGCCCACCUCUGUUGACCAGUGUGACUCCAGCCCUGGCACCUGUUGUCUCAGCGACCCCUGGACAACUCCCUUUGGCACCAGCUGGGGCUUCCCCAUCAGCGUCAACAUUGACUCUAGGGUUGGCCACAGCGCCACCCCUGUCCCCAUCUCAAACCCCCGGUCACCCUCUGUUGUUGGCUCCCACCACUUCCCAUGUUCCCGGGUUGAACUCAGCUGUGGCCUCAGCAUGUUCACCUGUCCUGGUGCCAGCUUCAGCUCUGGCCAGUCCUUUUCCGGCAGCACCAAAUCCAGCUCCAGCUCAGGCUUCCAUUCUGGCUCCAGCACCUUCUGCAUCCCAGGCUUUAGCCACCUCUUUGGCUCCUAUGGUGGCUCCACAAACAGCAAUCCUGAGUCCUGCACCUCCUCCUCUGGCUUCUCUUCCAGUCCUGGCGCCAUCACCAGGUCCUGCUCCUGUUCUGGCUCCAUCACAGACUCCAGUUCCAGUUAUGGCUCCAUCCCCGACUCCAGGAACCCCUUUAGCCUCUUCUUCAUCAGUAUCAGCUCCAGCUCCUGUGUUGGCUACAUCAUCAACUCAAACUAUGGUGCCCAGCCCAAUUCCAUCACCUCUUUCAAGCCUGGCUUCUACACAGACACUGGCCGUAGCCCCAGCUUUAGCAUCUACUCUUGGUGGCUCAUCUCCAUCUCAUACACAUUCUCUGGGAACAGGAAACCCUCAGGGGUCCUUUCCAACUCAGACAUUGUCAUUGACUCCAUCAUCAUCUCUGGUAGCAACUCCAGGCCAGACACUGUCUUUGGCACCAGGAGCACAACUGGGUCCAACUCAGACGCUGUCUCUGGCUCCAGCUUCUCCUAUGGGCCCUGCCCCACCUCACACACUGACUUUGGCUCCAGCAUCAGCAUCUGCUUCACUCCUGGCCCCAGCUUCAGUGCAUACACUGACUUUGAGCCAAGCCCCAGUUCCUGUGCCCACCUUGGGUCCACCUGCAGUUCAGACCCUGGCACUGGCACCAGCCUCAACACAGGGCCUGGCUUCCCAGGGAUCUUCCCUUGUGGUUUCAGCAUCUGGCGCUGCUUCCUUGCCUGUUACCAUGGUAAACCGGCUGGCUGUUCCUAAGGAUGAGCCUGAGACACUGACGUUGCGCUCUGGUCCCCCCAGUCCUCCCUCCACUGCUACCUCGUUCAGUGGCCCCCGGCCUCGACGCCAGCCCCCACCACCACCUCGCUCCCCUUUCUAUCUCGACUCUCUGGAGGAAAAGAGGAAGCGGCAGCGAUCUGAACGCCUGGAAAGGAUUUUCCAACUUAGUGAGGCUCAUGGGGCCCUGGCACCCAUGUAUGGGACUGAAGUCCUGGAUUUCUGUACCCUGCCCCGACCUGUUGCCAGCCCCAUCGGCCCUCAUUCUCCUGGCCCCAGCCACCCCACCUUUUGGACUUAUACUGAGGCUGCCCAACAGGCUGUACUGUUACCCCAGCAGCGACUAGACCAGCUGUCAGAAAUCGUUGAGAGGUUCAUCUUUGUCAUGCCUCCUGUGGAGGCACCUCCCCCAUCCCUGCAUGCCUGUCACCCACCUCCUUGGCUGGCCCCACGGCAGGCAGCCUUCCAGGAGCAGCUGGCCUGUGAGCUCUGGCCCCGGGCUCGCCCUUUGCAUCGUAUUGUGUGUAACAUGCGUACCCAGUUCCCCGACCUGAGACUCAUCCAGUAUGAUUGCGGAAAGUUGCAGACUUUGGCAGUGCUGUUACGGCAGCUCAAGGCAGGGGGCCACCGAGUGCUCAUCUUCACCCAGAUGACGCGAAUGCUGGAUGUGCUGGAGCAGUUUCUUACCUACCAUGGCCACCUCUACUUGCGUCUGGAUGGAUCUACCAGAGUUGAACAGAGACAGGCCUUGAUGGAACGAUUCAAUGCAGACAAACGCAUAUUCUGCUUCAUCCUUUCAACUCGAAGUGGGGGUGUGGGCGUGAACCUGACAGGAGCAGACACAGUUGUUUUUUAUGACAGUGACUGGAAUCCUACCAUGGAUGCUCAGGCCCAGGAUCGCUGUCACCGAAUUGGCCAGACUCGAGAUGUCCACAUCUAUAGGCUUAUCAGUGAACGGACUGUGGAGGAGAACAUCCUAAAAAAGGCAAAUCAGAAGAGAAUGUUGGGAGACAUGGCCAUUGAGGGAGGCAACUUCACCACAGCCUAUUUCAAACAGCAGACCAUUCGAGAACUGUUCGAUAUGCCUCUGGAGGAGCCGUCUGGUUCAUCUGCACCCUCUGCCCCUGAGGAAGAAGAGGAGGCUGUGGCCAACAAGCAGACCCAUAUUCUGGAACAGGCAUUGUGUCGGGCAGAGGAUGAAGAAGAUAUCCGUGCAGCCACCCAGGCCAAGGCUGAACAAGUGGCUGAACUUGCAGAAUUUAAUGAGAAUGAUGGAUUUGCUGUGGGCGAGGGAGAGGAGGCCAGUCGAGUAGGAGCUGAUGAUGAGGAGAUGUCCCGGGCUGAGCAGGAGAUUGCUGCCCUUGUAGAACAGCUCACCCCCAUUGAGCGAUACGCCAUGAAAUUCCUGGAAGCCUCUUUGGAAGAAGUGAGCCGAGAGGAGCUCAAACAGGCAGAAGAACAAGUGGAGGCUGCCCGAAAAGACCUGGACCAAGCCAAAGAGGAGGUGUUCCGCCUACCCCAAGAAGAGGAGGAGGGGCCGGGGGCUGGGGAUGAGAUUUCCUGUGGGACUAGUGGAGGCAGCCACCGACGCAAUAAGAAGGUCAAGGGCCCAGAGAGGCUGGGGACUCGUGUCAGUGAGCGUCUUCGUGGAGCCCGGGCCGAGACUCAAGGGACAAAUCAUACUCCUGCCACUUCUACCCAUCAUGCCCGCAGCACUUCCACUCCCCCCCGCUGUAGUCCUGCCAGGGAACGGGUUCCCAGACCAGCACCUAGGCCUCGGGCUACUCAGGCUUCAGCUCCUGCUGUAAUUCCUGCCCCUGUUCCUCCCGAAGUUCCUGUCCCAAUCCCUGUCUCGAUACCCAUUUCAGCCCCAAACCCAGUAACUAUUCUUCCUGUCCAUAUCUUCCCUUCUCCCCCACCUCCGCAUAUUCCUCCUUCAUGUUCUUCUGCCUGUACCCCUCCUCCAGCACCUCAUACCCCACCAUCAGACCAGACCUCUCUCUUAACUCCUCCUUCUCUUCUGCUUGAUUCACCUUCUGUGCCCAUCUCUUCCCCAGUUAAUAACCUCUCAUUGGGCUUGGGGCCUGAAGCAGAACUUUGUGCACAAGUGUUGGCAUCUGCAGAGCCCCUGGAGAUGGCUGGUAUGACCAGUUCUGAGACUUCCCCACUUACUCUUAUGCCUCCUAAGGAUCUGUUACCAGUUGCUGUUGAGAUCCUGCCUGUGUCAGAGAACCUUCCUCUCAUCCCUUCUGCACCCAGCCCAACCCCAGAGGCUGGCAGCAUCCCCAAUGGUCAGGAGCAGGAAGUACAAGAUCUUGCUGAAGGGACCAUCCUCACAAUGCUGGGUUGUGAGGAGUUGCCCACGGGUUUGAGUGAGAGCAAUGGGCUGGAGCUCCCACCUUCACUACCAUCUGAUGAGCCACUCCAGGAGGCUAAUAGGAAUGUGGAAGAGUUGGUAGAGGUUCAGACCCCAACUUCCAGCCCAGAGAAGCCACAAGAACUUGCUACAUCUACAGUUACAGCCCCAUCAACCUCAUCUUCAGCCACCUCCUCUCCUGAGGGUCCUUCACUUGCUCGGCCCCCUCGGCGUCGCACCAGUGCUGAUGUAGAAAUUCGGGGUCAGGGGGCUGGUCGACCAGGGCAACCUCCGGGCCCCAAAGUGCUUCGAAAGCUGCCAGGACGGCUAGUAACUGUGGUGGAGGAAAAGGAGCUUGUGAGGCGCCGACGUCAGCAGCGAGGGCCUGCCAGCACCGCAGUGCCUGGGGUCCCUGAGACUGGUGCCAGCCCAGGAAGCCCACCCACCCGCAGCACAUCUGGGCCAGAAUCCUCCCCUCCCCCCAGUGGGCCCGGUGAAGCUGCUCUCUCCUCACUGCCCACCCUAACUCAGCAGCCCUUCGUAGCUCGGCGUCACAUUGAGCUAGGGGUGGCUGGCAGGGGCAGCCCAGAGAACGGAGAAGGAGCAGUGCUUGCCAUCUCUCCACCUGCUGUGAAACGUCGGAGGGGGAGGCCCCCCAAGAACAGGUCUCCAGCAGAUGCUGGGAGAGGGGCAGAUGAGGCACCUUCAUCCACCUCUAAAGGAAAAACCAAUGGGACUGACUCAGUCCCCGGAGUUGAGACCCUAAUUGUUGCAGAGCCUGUCCUGCGGCCUCCUGGACCCCUUCCAGUUCAGAGACCAGAGACCGUCCUGUCACCUGUGGAGAAAAGAAGGCGGGGGCGGCCCCCCAAGGCACGAGAUUUGCCUGUCCCUGGGACCACUUCAUCUCCAGGGGACGGCAGCCUAGACAGCCGGACACAGCAGCCCCCACCACUGCCACCACCCCUGCCCCUGCUAACCUGUCCUCCUGCUCCUGUCGCCAACACUGUCACCACAGUCACUAUUUCCAUGUCCCCACCCAAGCGAAAGCGGGGCCGACCUCCCAAGAAUCCACCCUCACCUCGAGCCAGCCAGCUCCCUGUAUUGGACCGUGACAGCUCUCCUGUUCUUGAGAGCUGUGGACUGGGAAGGCGGCGGCAAACCCAGGGCCAGGGGGAAAGUGAGAGCAGCUCCUCUGAUGAGGAUGGAAGCCGCCCCCUGACCCGCCUGGCUCGCCUGCGACUUGAAGCAGAGGGGAUGCGGGGACGAAAGAGUGAAGGGUCCAUGGUGGUGGCUGUGAUUCAGGAUGAUCUGGAUUUAGCAGAUAGUGGGCCAGGCGGGUUAGAAUUGACACCUCCUGUGGUCUCGUUAGCCCCCAAACUGCGCUCGACCCGGCUACGCCCAGGGUCUUUAGUGCCCCCACUAGAGACUGAAAAGGUGCCUCGCAAGCGGGCAGGGGCCCCAGUUGGUGGGGGUCCUGGGUUGGCAAAGCGGGGCCGCCCACAACCCCCAAGUCCCCUGGGGCCUGAGGGUUCAGUAGAAGAGUCUGAGGCCGAAGCCUCAGGUGAGGAAGAGGAAGGGGAAGGAACCCUACGACGCCGGCCUGGCCCCCGCAGGCUCAUUGGGACCACCAGCCAAGGGGACCAGCGAAUCCUGCGCAGCAGUGCCCCUCCCCACGUGUCUGGCCCUACCAUUAGUCACAGAGGCCGGAAGGCCAAGACGUGAGUGGGCUGCCCUUCCACCUAGGCUUUCCACCGUGGCCACUCUCCCUCCUCCAUGACCAGGCCUGACUCUGUUAACCACUACUUGAAGUCUUGAGAGGGAAAGCCUCCAGGGAGACAAGGCCCUUCUCCCUUCUUUCCACCAAAGUAGGGGAUAGGCGACUGCUUAUUGUGGAAAUGGGGCUUAACACAAUCCUGCUUCCCUUCCACCUACAUGGCUGGGCAGUGUUAAGGGUGGCAAGAUAGUCUUUGUCCCACCCCCUUGUACUUGAUUCCCCAGCUCUCUUUCAUAGCCCCACCCCCUUAGGGGAAAGGGGAGGGGGUUCUCUACAAUGAG